GGGCGAGCCGCGGGGCCGGCCGGCACCUGCCGCCGCUGCGCUCCGCGCCGCCCCGCACAGCCGCCCGGCCGCCCGCCCCGCCGGCCGCUGCCCUCCCUCCCCGCCGCGCCGGGGCACCGCGGGGCCGCGAUCCCCGCGGGGCAGGAGUGCGCUCCCGCAGCGCCGGGCGGGCCCGCAGGUCAGUGUCGCUUCCCGUACCUGUUGCGCAGGGAGCCGCCGGGGCGGGGAGAGGAGGGGAGGGAGCGAAAGGAGCCCCAUCGCAGGAGCCCCAUCGCAGGAGCCCCGAGACGCGCCGGGCUCCCGGCCUCGUCCCGCGGGCAGGCAGCAGCCCCAAGGAGCCCGAGAUGGCGGACAGCGCCGCGGCCACCGCCGCUCCUCGGGCCGGCGUGAAGGGCUCGGCCGGGCCCUGGUGGAAAUCGCUGACCAGCAAGAAGAAGCACAAGGAAGCGGCGGUAGCCCCGCCGCACCCUGUCGCCAGCGAGACCCCCGCCGACACCCCCAGCCCUGACGGGCGGGAGGAGCAGCCGGCUCCCUUCGGCAGCGGCGACGCCGCGGGAACCGCAGUCGGCAACCGGCGGAGCCUCCGAGUGUCCCAUUCGGGCCGCUUCAAGGAGCGGCGGAAGGUGCGCACCUCGCUGCUGGCCGACAGCCCCGAGGUCUUCGACGGCGGCGGCGCCCCAGGCCAUGCCGCCCAAGGGCCCGAGUAGCCCAGGAGGACCUUGCCGAGGAGCUGCCACUGGAUGGGUGGCCGGAGAACUGGCGGGACAGGCAGCCGCAGUGGGUGACUGCCCCACAGCUGGGCUCGGACCCAUGGGUGACGUGUAGGCAGCGGCUUCCCAAACCCGGACCGGACACUGCGGGGAGCCCGGCAGCGCUGCCAGGCCAGGGAAUCGCGUGCGCUGUGUUACACGAGCACCGCCAAUACCGAACCCCUGGAUGACGGGACGAUGUGAUUGUCUUUUUAAAAAAACCACAAAUAAACUCCCCACUCCCUGUACUGUGGUGAGCGGACUCAAAGGUGCUAUCCCAAGGCCGACGGUGGGGUCUCUGAACCUUCCCACAGCCCUCGCCAGGAGCCAACGUGCUGACUCUGAGGCGUGUGACCCAGUUCCUUCUGGCUCUCAAGCCGAGGAGGCGCUUUGCUGCUUUCAUCUCACAAGCUGUCUUAUCGAAGGAAGGGGGGAGCAAAGUGCUCUUAUCUAAUUUCAGGGCCGAGGACCUCCGGUGGUGCCGAAAGUGCGCCAGUCCUGCCGUUAGCCACAAACACAUCUUCCAUCCCUCCAAAGAGAGGCAUUGUGAGGAGCAGGCUCUUGCCUUUGCCCAUGUCCCACACCACAUCGUAUUUACAUAUGGAAAAGGCAGAACCGUGCUGGUAUUCUCCCUCUUCUCGCUGUGUAGUACUAAGCAGGUGUUUCAGAGACUGGUCCCUCACUGUUCUGUUACAGAGGGAGGCCCGUGUUGUCCAGCAAUUCACGCUAUUUACCCAGGGGAUACAUAAUUUUUUGCAUGAUUGGUGAUAACUGGGAUAAUGAAGCUCCAAUGAAGAAAUUGUGUGAUAAGAUGUAAGCAUUCUUUUGGGACAUGAGACCAGACCUGGAGAGCACAAGCAGGGUUGCAGUUCUAAUGUGGAAAUAGGCUUGGGCACCAUUGGAAGUGUUUACUUUUUACCUUGUCUGAGGCUUUUGAAGCAAGGUUAAGUGUCCCGGGAUUUCUUCUGAUGGUGAGAUAAUGUGCUUUCACUCAAGUAGUUAUCCACUCCCUCUAAGAGCUCUUCGAUUUUAUUUUUUUUUUUUGACAAAUUAAUAAAAGCCAGAUUUGUACUGGUGUUGUGCCUUAAAGAGCAAAAUCAGCUAAAAAUACUUGGCAAUUACACAUUUCUUGAUAGUAGGUGAUGUAGCAACAACUGACUUAUUUAUUUUAAAUGCAUUUGCAAUAUGCUUUAUACUGUUAAAGUGGUUUUAGACUUUUUCUGAAUACAAGAUACUACAUAGUGGCAGGCACUGAAAAUUAUUUCCUAACAGUCAAGUAUUACGCAGUUAUGAUUUUGUUUGGUUGUAACUAAUCAUUUGAGGUCAAUUAAAAAUAAAAAGACUGGAAAGGAAAUAAGAAGUGAGUUCCACUUGAAAAUAUGGAUUAAACCAGCCACUGACAAUCACUGAAGUGUUGCACUAGAUGCUGGGCAAGUGCCCCGUGGUUCAAUGUGCACAAUAAUAUGUAAUGAACCUUGAAAGCUCCUGUGCAAUAAACUCAGACAACGUAGCUGC